AUGUUCCGCAUCGAGGGCCUGGGGCCCAAGCUGGACCCGGAGGAGCUGAAGCGGAAGAUGCGCGAGGACGUCCUCUCCUCCGUGCGCACCUUCCUCAUCUACGUGGUCGCGCUGCGCAUCAGUGAGUGGCGGCGGGCGAGGGGGGAGAGGCCUUGGGGUCCGGCCGGCUCGGGCGUCGCGAGACGCCGCCGUGGGGACAAGCGAGGGCAGGCGGAGGCAGGGCCGGCCCAAGACGGGUUGUUGUUGAGUCGUUUAGUCGUAUCCGACUCUUCGUGACCCCCUGGACCAGAGCACGCCAGGCACUCCUGUCUUCCACUGCCUCCCGCAGUUUGGUCAAACUCAUGCUGGUAGCUUCAAGAACACUGUCCAGCCAUCUCGUCCUCUGUCGUCCCCUUCUCCUUGUGCCCUCCAUCUUUCCCAACAUCAGGGUCUUUUCCAGGGAGUCUUCUCUUCUCAUGAGGUGGCCAAAGUGUUGGAGCCUCAGCUUCAGGAUCUGUCCUUCCAGUGAGCACUCAGGGCUGAGUUCCUUAAGAAUGGAUAGGUUUGAUCUUCUUGCAGUCCAUGGGACUCUCAAGAGUCUCCUCCAGCACCAUAAUUCAAAAGCACCAAUUCUUUGGCGAUCAGCCUUCUUUAUGGUCCAGCUCUCACUUCCAUACAUCAUUACUGGGAAAACCAUGGCUUUAACUAUACGGACCUUUGUUGGCAAGGUGAUGGGUUGGCGCCUGCCAAAGCCUGCAGCUGCCAGUCCUAGUUUGUCUAGGGAGGGAGUUCCAAAGAGCAGCCCAGCUGAGGCCUUUUUAUCAUCUCACUUUCCACACACACAAGGAGUCACAAUUGGGUCAAGCCUAGGUCAUGGGUGAAGCCAGGGGGCAGCUGCCCUCCCCCCAAAUCAAGCAAAUCAAUAAAAAUACUUAACUGACCAAUUGCAUCACAGAUAACACAGUUCUGCCCCCCCGCAACAUAAAGCCUGCCCCCCAAUAAAUCCUGGCUAUGCCCAUGGCUGGGAUGGAGGUGGCGCUGUGGGUUAUACCACAGAGCCUAGGACUUGCCGAUCAGAAGGUUGGUGGUUUGAAUCCCCGUGACGUGGUGAGCCCCCGUUGCUCGGUCCCUGCUCCUGCCAACCUAGCAGUUCAAAAGCACGUCAAAGUACAAGUAGAUAAAUAGGUACCAUCUGGCGGGAAGGUAAAUGGUGUUUCCGUGCGCUGCUCCGGUUCGCCAGAAGCGGCUUAGUCAUGCUGGCCACAUGACCCGGAAGCUGUAUGCCGACUCCCUCGGCCAAUAAAGCGAGAUGAGCGCCGCAACCCCAGAGUCUGUCACGACUGGACCUAAUGGUCGGGGGUCCCUUUACCUUUACUUUUACCUUUACCUUUACCUAUAGUGUUGAUAUCUGUGAAUUGGCAAAAUAUGUUUGUUCUUGAAACAUUGGGGUUUUUUUGGGGGGUGGGGGUGGUCAGAUGUACCUAAAUAGAAAGGACAUUCGAUUAUGUGUUUUUAUUAUUAUUUAUUGAAUUUCUGUAUCACCCUAUACCCAGGGGUCUCAGGCGGAUCACAUAAUAAAAUCAAGUUAAAAAAUCACAAAAUACAUAAUAAAAAUAAAAACUCAGUACCCCCCCAUUUUUUUAAAAAAGGGGUAUAGGAUGUAAAUCAAAUCAACCAAAGGCCUGGUUAAAGAGCAACGUUUUUGCCUGGUGCCUAAAGGUGUGUAAUAAAUAACGUGUUCCCCAUAAAUUGUUCCCCAUAAAGUGCUGGCAUACAAACGAGUAGCCCCUCAGCAGUGCAAGUGGAAUGUCUGUGCAACCUUCUGGAUGCAAGAGGGAAUGUUGCAUGGUGUGAAAACCAAACCGCUGCUGUUUUAAGAGAGCUCCCCUUAUGACACACCACUUCUUGGAGACAAGAUUUUCACCCCCCCCUUGUAGAUCCAAAAUGCGACUGAAUGUAAUUCAUGUGGCAGAUGCGUCUCCAAACUUCAAAACUCCCGAAGCUCAAUUCUACAAAGAAUUGCUGGAAAUAGUAGGAAUGAAAAUCCCAUUAGAGCCACACACACUUAGCUUGACUCCUUUUUCUUUCUGGGUCUCUGAAGCCAGACAGUGGGCAAGACAUGAUGAGAGCAGCCUUGUAGGCCAGAGAUUCCCCACUGGAGUUGUAAUUGUAGUGUUAAGAUAUGAAAAUUCAAAACACGAAGUUAUUUUUCAUCAACUCAUGGUAGGUAGGUACAGAUAGCUCACUUGUUUUUGCUGGGACGCAAAAUGGAGAUUCCAUUGAUACAGCCGUGAGACAAGAGAGUUGGGCAGCUGUAUGUUGCUUGAAAUUAAUAUAUAGAUUGAGUUGGAGAAGGGAAGAGCAAAUGUAUUGAGAAUGUUAGAAUAAUAGAUAAAUUUUCUAGGAAUGAAAAUGUAAUUGGCUAGAUUGAGUAUUCGAGGAGAGAUGCUCUAAUAGGUAUAUAGGAAUGCUUUAUGGAAUAACUGUAUCAGAAGCAACCAGUGAAUAUUGGGAGAUGCUCAAGUGUAGAACUAAUGUAUAGUUCAGAAGCUUCAUUUGUUCUAGCAUGUGGUUGACCAUAUUCUGUGCCAAUGCACAGUUAACUUAUGGAAUUCACUGCUAUGUGGCUAUGACUACAAACCUAGGUGGCUUUAAAAAUGGGUGUAUGCUUCUUUCUUCAGCUCCAUUCAUUUUAAAGAAGCUGGAAAGCAUAUGA